AUGAAGAAAUUUGGGAAGAAAGCCAUCACAGCUAAGCGUCCUGCUCGUGCGGAUUGGAAGGAUAGUGCCAAGAAAAAACAAGUCGGUGUCUCAGAUAUGACAUUAUUAUCUAAAAUUACAAAUGAAGCUAUUAACGAUAACUUGAUGAAAAGGUGGCAAAAUGCUGAAAUUUAUACUUAUAUUGGUCAUGUAUUGAUUAGUGUGAAUCCUUUCCGUGACCUUGGUAUCUAUGCUGAAGAUAUAUUGACAAGUUAUCAAGGAAAGAACUUGUUGGAAAUGCCUCCUCAUGUAUUCGCCAUCGCAGAAGCUGCUUAUCAUCAUAUGAAUGGAUACAAAGAAAAUCAAUGUAUUAUUAUUAGUGGGGAAUCGGGUGCAGGAAAAACUGAAGCAGCAAAACGAAUUAUGCAAUAUAUAGCUGCUGUCUCUGGUGGUAAAAGUUCGGCUAUUCAAAAGACAAAAGACAUGGUGUUGGCAACAAAUCCUCUAUUGGAAAGCUUUGGAUGUGCAAAGACAUUACGAAACAAUAAUUCAAGUCGUCAUGGUAAAUACUUGGAAAUUCAAUUCAAUCCACAAGGUGAACCGAUUGGUGCUAUUAUUACAAAUUACUUAUUAGAAAAGAAUCGUGUUGUCGGUCAGAUCGAAAAUGAACGAAACUUUCAUAUCUUUUAUCAAUUGACAAAAGCAGCUCCUCAAGAAUACAAAGAACAAUUUGGAUUACAGGGCCCUGAAAGUUUCUUAUAUACUAGCAAAAGCAACUGUUUGAAUGUAGAUGGUAUCGAUGACAUCAAAGAUUAUCAAGAAACAGUGAAUGCUAUGGGUAUCAUUGGACUUCAAAAAUCAGAACAAGAUUGUAUCUUUCAAAUAUUGGCUAGUAUUCUUUGGUUGGGAAAUGUUGUUUUCUCUGAAAAUGAAGAGGGUCAUGCUACUAUUGUGGAUAUGGAUGUGGUGAACUUCAUCGCCUAUCUCUUGGGUGUAGAUGCUGAAGCCCUUUAUAAAGCUCUGACUGUUCGGGUAAUGGAAACUCAACGUGGUGGACGAAGAGGAAGCAUAUAUGAAGUCCCUUUAAAUAUGGUGCAAGCAGUUUCAGUACGUGAUGCAUUAUCAAAAGCUAUGUAUGAACGGUUGUUUGAAUGGAUUGUGGCGCGAAUCAAUGUCUCAUUACAAGCUCAAGGACAAGUCAACUGCGUUAUGGGUGUAUUGGAUAUUUAUGGUUUUGAAAUUUUCGAAGACAAUAGCUUUGAACAGCUUUGUAUCAACUACGUCAAUGAGAAACUCCAACAAAUCUUUAUUGAAUUGACUCUCAAGGCGGAACAAGAUGAAUAUGUACGGGAACAAAUCGAAUGGACACCUAUCAAAUUUUUCAACAAUAAAGUGGUAUGCGAUCUAAUUGAAGAAAAACGACCUCCUGGCAUUUUUGCUGCUCUCAACGAUGCUUGUGCUACAGCUCAUGCUGAUCCUUCGGCAGCUGAUAGUUCCUUUGUCCAACGAUUAGGCUUCUUGUCAACUAAUCAACAUUUUGAAUCUCGUGGAAACAAGUUUUUGAUUAAACACUAUGCUGGUGAUGUAAUGUAUAACGUGGAAGGUCUUACUGACAAGAACAAAGAUUCCUUAUUGAAAGAUUUAUUGGAUUUGGCCGCCUCUUCAGAAAACUCAUUUAUCUCUCAAACCCUAUUCUCAGAGCGUGUGGAUCCUAAUUCGAAAAAACGACCUCCUACUGCAAGUGAUAAGAUCAAAGCCUCUUGUAAUGCACUGGUGACAAAACUCAUGCAAUGCCAUCCCAGUUAUGUACGAACGAUCAAACCAAACGAUAGCAAAAGUUCAAAAGAAUAUGAUCAGAAACGUGUCCUUCAUCAAAUUCAAUAUCUGGGAUUAUGUGAAAACAUUCGCGUUAGAAGAGCUGGAUUUGCUUAUAGAACGACCUUUGAAAAGUUUGUGGAGCGAUUCUAUCUAUUAUGUCCAACAACGGGUUAUGCUGGUGAUUAUAUUUGGCCUGGUGAUUCUCGAAGUGGAUGCGAAGAAAUCUUGAAACAUAAUAAUAUUGCACCUACAGAUUGGCAAAUGGGUACCUCCAAGAUAUUUAUCAGACGUCCUGAAACGAUUUUUGCUUUGGAAGAUCUUCGUGAUAAGUACUGGCAUAAUAUGGCUACUCGAAUCCAAAGAUUUUGGCGAUUAAACAAACACAGCAUUGGCCAUUUACAAUUACGGGAUUAUGGAAAUCAACUUUUGGAUCAUCGAAAAGAACGUCGAAGAUUUUCGCUUGUCAGUCAACGUCGUUUUGCUGGUGAUUAUUUGGAUGUCAAGAAUGGAUCUGGCAUUGGAGGCAUGAUUCGGAAUACAAUCAACUUGCAAGGUAAUGAAGAAGUUGUUUUUAGUAUGCGCUGUAGUAUGCUUGUUCCAAGAGCUAUGCGAUCAAGUGUGCCUAGUCCUCGUACCCUUAUUAUUACAAAUCAAAAUGUACAUAUAUUGGUAACAACGAAAUCUAGUGGAUCCUUACAAAUGAUGGAUGAAAAAGUAAUCUCAUUCAACUCAAUUCAAAGUAUGAGUACCUCGACACUCCGUGAUGAUUGGAUUAUUCUUCAUGUUAAUGGUUCUCCUGAUGGUGAUAUUGUUCUAUCUUGUAUAUUCAAAACUGAAGUAGCAGCUCACAUUGUACAACAAUCCGGUGGCAAGAUUCAAUUGAAUGUCGAUCAACAAAUUCAAUACAACAAAAAGGGAGGAAAACCAGUGGUGAUGAAAUUCAUCAAAGAUGAAACUGUUAGACGAGAUGAUGUUUAUAAGAGUCAUGUCGUUCGUGUGCCUACUGGAGAACCUGCUUCAAGUGAAUCCGCUGGAAUGCUAGCUACGAAAUCAACAUCAAUGGGAGCAAGAAGAAAUCAACAAAGACCUACUCCAGUGUCCAAACCUAUUGUACCCACUGGAAAUCAACGUACUAGUUAUCAACAACAACCAUCAUCAUCUCGACCAGCUCCUGCUCUUCCUACCACCAACAGACCUUCACCCAUGAUUUCAUCAGGUAAUAAUCGGCCCGCUCCACCUCCUAUUACAAGUGGAUCUACGAUAUCAUCUGUUCGUCCGGUAGCUCCUCCCAUAUCAAAUAUUGGCAAUCGAUCAAGUGUUGUUCCUAGUCCUUCUCAACAACAGAGACGUCCAGCUCCACCUCCACCUCCAAGUGCUGUCGUAUCGCCACCACCAUCUAAACCUACUUUACCACAAUACAAGGCAAUAUAUCCAUUCCAAUCUGCUGAAGAAGGCGAAAUCACUUUCCAAAAAGGCGAUAUACUUGAAAUUUUGGAAAAGGAUGAAAAUGGUUGGUGGCUUGCUCAAUACCAAGGUAAAGAAGGAUGGGUACCUAGUAAUUAUUUGGAAGAAUAUACACCACCUCCAGUAUCACGACCUGCACCACCUCCAGCACCUGCACGAAGACCUCCAUCUCAACAAAUUUCACCACCAUCAUCUACUAUCAGUGGUCAAAGUAACGGUGUACCUGCAUGGAAAGCACAAUUAGCGGCAAGAAAUAAUACUGUCAAUGGUAUCAGUGGUGCGGGACGACCUUCAAUCCCUAUGAAGCCAUCUAUUCCCAAUAAACCACAAAUUCCAUCUCGUCCUGGAUCAUCUUCUUCACCUUCUCCUCCUGUGACCAACUCUCAAGCAACUUCUCUAGCUGAUGCUAUUCGAGCAAGAAGGGUACAAGCACAAGUGGAUGAUGAUGAUGAUGACGAUGAAUGGAAAUGA